AGUGGGCGAUUGGUUGGUUGCUGUUCCCGCCUCUACGCCAGUCGCCAUUUUGCUGAAGGGAGCCGAAAUCCUAGACGCUGCGGUACCCCUAGUUGUGGACCGGGAGACAGGUAAAAGAAUUUGGUUACAAUGGGGAACGUUUUUGAAAAGCUGUUUAAAAGUCUGUUUGGGAAAAAAGAGAUGCGGAUUCUUAUGGUGGGUUUGGAUGCAGCUGGAAAAACCACCAUCUUGUAUAAAUUGAAGCUGGGAGAGAUCGUGACUACCAUCCCUACAAUAGGGUUCAACGUGGAGACGGUAGAAUAUAAAAAUAUCAGCUUCACAGUCUGGGAUGUUGGUGGCCAGGACAAAAUCAGACCUUUGUGGCGACAUUAUUUCCAGAACACCCAAGGUCUGAUUUUUGUGGUGGACAGUAAUGACAGAGAGCGGGUCAAUGAGGCCCGAGAAGAACUAACCAGAAUGUUAGCAGAAGAUGAGCUUAGAGAUGCAGUUUUAUUGGUGUUUGUAAAUAAACAGGAUCUUCCCAAUGCUAUGAAUGCAGCUGAAAUAACAGACAAGCUUGGCUUACAUUCCCUGCGCCAGAGAAACUGGUACAUUCAGGCUACUUGUGCCACCAGUGGAGAUGGGCUUUAUGAAGGCCUGGACUGGCUCUCCAACCAGCUCAAAAACCAGAAGUGAUCCAUUCCCUGUGCAUUGUGGCAAAAUCUGCUGGCCUCUUCUGUGUGCAUGUGUGUGUGUGAGGAGCCAAGUGUGGGUGUGUGGCUGGAAGUGGGAGCAGCUUUCUCACACCGUGCCUUAAACAUGCUGUAAGAAAACCAGUGUUACAUUUUAAGAAAAUCCAGUGUUACAUUUUAAACGCUACUUUCCAUUUCAAUAGCUUUGAUCAUUUUCAGUCUAUGGAAGAGGUUGGAGGGCUUACUGUUCUGGAGCAUGAUAGCUAGAGGGUCUUCAAGGUGGAAAGAGGAUGAGAGUUGGAGCAUGGAUGGAAUUCACUUCUUGCAGUCCUAUGUCUUGUAUCUCUGCAUACCUGGAGUCCUUCUAGACUUUGGUGUCUUUUCAAAGAGUAAGAAAUUGUCAUUCUUGUCCAUCACUGCCAGAGCUAGCACCUCUCUUUUCAGUGCUUUAAAGCAAAUGAUCCUCAAAAAAGAAAAUAUACCUGCUUGCUGCAGGUGUGAAGAGGUUCAGAUUUUGAAUGUUCCCCUUAAGUUAUAUUUUAGCCCAGACUUCUGGGUUUAACAUGCUUUAUUUAAGGAAUCAAAGUAUCAAGACUCCAUAACACUAGAAAAAUUGUUCCAGUCCUUCCCUGUGCUGGUUCCUUCCCUUACUUGCCUCUCUUGGGUGGAGACCAUUGGAGGAGUAACCUGGAAGAGGCUGAGGCUCUUUAGCAGAGCACCACAGUUAAGCAGAGGGUCCUGCUAAGGAAGUGAGUGAUGGGUCAUGUGUGUGUCCUUGUGUCAACCAUCUCAGGAUUCAGGCUUCUGAGACUGCUGCUCCCCACUUCUCUGCUCUGUGCUGAAUGUUCUACAACUUGAAGAAAGAGGUUCACUUCCUGGGAUAGGAUCAUCACCGUGUACAGUUUUCUUGUCCAACUUAAGGUUUAGGUUGACUUCUGUUUCCAGAACCACAUACCUGUGAGUUCUGAGAGUUUGUGAGAAAAUCAAGAGGUAAUUCAGAGGACAAAACUCCUGGCAACUCCUGGUAUUGCCCCCAAGUUGGUGCUAAAUUUAUGAAAAAUGCUUCUCUAGUGUAGGCCACUCUGUGGCACUGACUCCCUCUCCUGGAUGGCAAUAAUAUCUUAUAAACUCUUUGGAAACAUGCUUUAUGUUGUCCUCAAAACAUUAGUAAAAAUGGCCUGGGGUUGAGCUAGUUCAUUCAGUAGUCUAGAGCUCUUUAACCCAGACACCUGUUGGCCAAAUUUGUACCCUAAGCACUUCCACUGUUUAACCUUUUUAAAUUUCUUUUUCAAAAAAUCUUUAUUCGAACUAUAGAGGAGGAAAAUAUGAAGAAUGGAUUUUAACAAAAGUAAACAUUUAUUGAUAACAAUAAAGUUGAUAUUUCUAGGAAAAAAUUUCAUACCAUGGUAAAUGUGGAGUAUAGAGCUUUUCUUUAAAAUACUGACUUGAAACAAUGUUCAUUGCAAUAGUACUGGCAACUAAGUCCGAGUUUGAUUUUAACCAUGGAGUAUUUCGUGAGAAACAUUUAGAUUGUACGCCUCAAAUUGGCAGUGGCUGUGUCUUAUACUUUUGUAUUAUGCUUAGUACAAUGUACUGUGCUGGGCCUCAUUAAAAACUUGUUGAUUGGUUGGACAAUAAAGAACUUGCUUUGGAAGGAGGAGAGGCAGCCAUGGGCUUCUGAAUGUCUCAAACCACUUUCAGAUCUCUUUCCGCUACCAUCUUAGCAGAUCCUCUGCUGAAAGCUCCCAGUGCUGCUACAGAAGACAGCUGUGAAGCCUGUCUCAGCCUCUGUGCCUUUAGCAAUAGCCCUCACUGGUACUUUCCAUGGUGCUUUCACAUACAGUCUUUCAUUUGAUAUGACUUUGGCUCUGCUCAGUCAUAGUAAGUGGGAGCAGUUCAGUAUAGUGGUUUGGAGCAGAGACUUGCGUCCCAGAAAGCUGUGUUCAUCUCCCAGCUAUUCUCUAACUAACUGCUGAUUGCAGGCCAGUUACUGUUAGCCUCCAUAUUUCCAAGUCUCCCUUUGCUUAACUGUUAAAUGGAGACAUUACCUACAUCAUAGCAUUGUGAGAAUUAAAUGUCUCCUUUGAAUGCCCUGCUCUGGUAUUUCCCUGGGGAGCUCUUGGUGUCCAGGUGUGAACAGCAGUGCUGGCCAGACUGAUUAGCAUUAUUUAUAGGAGAAGGGGGAUAAGGUGGGGGUCUAUAUUUUUCUCCCUCCUUCUCUGUUCGCCUCAUCCCACUGAACAUUUUGUUCCUUUUCCAACUAUGUUAAGUGCUAAUAUGUCAGUUUGCAUAAGACUAGCUUGGACGCUUGUUCAGAAAGCACAUGGCUGGGUCCCACCCCCAUUCAUUUUCUUUUUAUAAUUACAUGGUUUAUAGUAUAUUCACAGAUAUGUACGACCUUCACUACCACCUAAUUUUGGAAGAUUUUCAUCACCCCCAAAAGAAACCUCGUAUCCAGCCACUCUCCAUUUACCCACCCCACAAACAGCCCCUGGCAACCACUUCUCUUUCUGUCUAUGGAUUUGCCUAUCCUGAACAUUUUCUAUAAAUGGAAUCAUACAAUAUGUGGCCUUUUGUGUCCGACUUCUUUCACUUAGGACAGUGAUUUCAAAAUUCAUAUUGUGGUAUAUACCUGUACUUUAUUCCUUUUUAUGGCCAAAUACUAUUCCAUUGUAUGGAUGUACGACUUUUUGUUUAUCCUUUCAUCAGUUGAUGAGCAUUGAGUUGUUCCUGCAUUUUGGCUAUUACGAAUAAUACUGCUGUGAACAAUUUGUGUAUGAGUUUUGUGGAUAUGUACCUAGAGAAGCAAUUUCUGGAGCAUGUGGUAACUCUGUUUUUAACAUUUUGAGGAACUGCCAAAAUAGUUUCCCAAAGUGACCACCAUUCUACAUUCCCACCAGCAAUUUAUGAGGGUUCCAAUUGCUUCAUGUCCUCACCAACACUUUUUAUUGUCUGUCUUUUUAUUUUAGCCAUCCUGGUGUGUGUGAAGUAGUAUCUCACUGUGGUUUUGAUCCCACCAUCAGCCUUUGUUUAAGUAGGUGGAGUGGAGCCAAACGUGUGCAGGUGGUUUUGACAGAGGUAGCCCACGGACCUCUUUGAGAAACUGCCAUAGACAGUGAUGGAAAGCUAUCACCCUACCUGCCCCCACCCCAACUAUGACUUCCCAUGGCCAUCCCUCAACAUUCUUGUCCAGCUUUCCCAGAAGCUGGUGGGAUGGCAGGAGUGGGUGAUAGAGAAGCUUGGGAUUUGAGCCAGAGUGGGCAGGUGAUGGUCUGGGUAGCCUGGUGGGUGCAUUAGGAGUGCUGAGGUGCCAUUGGCCUGGCUACAGCAUCAGUCCUCAGGCUAUGUGAGUAGCAGGUGAGGCAGAGCCUCUAGGGAAAGACUGCCCAAUAGUUAGGAAAACCUGUUGCCCAGCUGUGAUUCUGGAGGGGAAGCGGUGCUACUAAUAAUUGUAUAGGAACAACAGGUUGUAACGUGGGAUGUAUGGUCACCCUUUCAGAAUGGGAAGAGCUCUGAAUCUGGAAUCAAAGACUGAGGCUAAAAUCAGAGCCCCACCCAUUCACUAGUUCAGUUACAUUAAACUAUGCAACCUCUGACCCUUGUUGAUGACUUGAAGUUGUAUGUACCCCAGAAAAGUACGUUCUUAAAGUUAAUCCAUUCCUGUGGGUGUGGUCCCAUUGUAAGUAGGAUUUUUGGUGAGUAGGCU